AUGUACGCGGCCGUUAGAACAGUACUUGCUGCAUAUCAUACUCCCAAUGAACGGUUUUGACCUCGCAAGUAGGCAACAUCGAAUACCUGUAAAACAGGCUCAAACAGACCUCACUACUUCAGUAGAGCCCAUGGACACCCUACUCAAGCUGCCCAAAUUGAAUAAGGCGCAAUUCAUUUCGUCCUUCGUCACCACACAACAAGCCAACGCUACAUCUUAUGCAGAGGAGGGAAGAGUGGCCGCCCUUACCUGGCAGCUUGGCUCGGAUACCAGCAAGUCUAACCGCUAUCUAAAGAGCAUUGCUAACCCUGGCUUCGCGACACCCGUCUUGAAACCACGCAAAAGACUCAGGACUGAAACCUCGAUGAGGGAGCAGCCUCCCGCCACUCAAUUCCACCCAGAUCCGCCACAUUCCAGGAAGACCUCACGAGUAGUUCACAACAAAAGGACGCAAAAGCGGCAGGUUGUGUCAGAUGAUGACGACCAAUUAGCCAGAUUAGCAGAACGUCGAACACGCAAGCGAGCGAAACGGGAGAUCGUUCGACCCAAGAGCCCCGAUGCUCCCUCCGCACCCAACAUCAACACCAAAAGAUCUAAGUCGGACGCAAAAGGGAGAGGAAGGCGUGCCAUUGAUGGUGCCCCUGCUCUAGCUCUAAUGCACGGUUUCUCAGCUUCAAACAUUGGCAAGAAUCGUUUGACGUUAAAAAUGAACGCCAAUAAUUUUGGAGUCUUCAACAAAGGGAAGGCCUCUUCGAAAAUACAUGUACAACAAAGCAAGACUGUUGUAAAAAACAUCGGUCUAGCCUUCUCGGAAAAGCAAUUCCUGAACAAAGGAAGCACGCCAUCAGUAAAACCGAAACACUUUAUGGUAUCUGCCAUGUCCAGCGGUACUGACCUAGUCACGGAAUCCGCCAGCAACGCUCAACCUCGUUCUUCAAAGGGUCAGGUUGCCAACGAUAGCCUUUUUGACAGGUCCUCGGAUGAUGAUGAAGCUCCUCAAAAUACUUCAAAGGCAUAUACCGAGCCAGCAGUUUCUGAGGUUUGGGAUAUAGAAAUAGACGAUUUUGAACUGCCUUCUGUCGUUUCAGAGUCUAAAAGCACACGGGAACAGAAGCUAGACACUUGCCAGGCAGCAUGGAGCUGUCAGAUACAACGCGAUGACUUGGAUCGCGGUAACGCAACCUCAAGUCCAUCUCUUGUCAGGUCUAAUGACGACAUCAGGCGCCCCAGCUCCUCCAUUGCUCCUUCCCAGUCUGCCUCUCAGUAUCCUCCUCUCAGGAAAGCUCAGAGUCUCACUACGUCGAAGUACUUUCGAAUUCCGUCUGCUUCCGGCGAAGGCUUGGUUCAAGAAGCACUGCGAUUUCACCAGCUGUUCCCCGAUCAGCCACCACCCUCAACCUAUCCAAUAGAUCAUAACAAUCUUGGCAAUUCUACUAGUCACGAGGAAUUCGAGUGCCACUCCCCGAUCAAGAGAACUAACGCUAUACAAGAUUCUCUCGUUCCCAAUUCUGCCCAAAAUGAAGUUGAAUACGUCCCAAUACCUCCUGUGGAUGAUCAUCAGAAUUUUUACCAUCCCACCUCUGCUUUCCAUUGCUCUGAUACUGAUCUCUCCUAUCCGGGCUACUCAGUUCAAGAGUGUGCUUGGUCGCCUGGAUCUACAUGCAACAACAAAAAAUUGAUUGAUGACGCUGUGCUUGUCGAUAUGAAUUACAAUGACAUCAACUAUCUGGAUGCUACCAAAGGCCCUGGUGUGGGAACAGGCUUGAACGAUCAACCUUUUGUCUAUCAUGAUCACGGAUACCCAUUCCACGACGACUACCGCGGAGGAAUCGAAAUUGAAGCCCAACCCGAGAUAUGGGAAACGGAAAGCUGUCGCUGGGAAGGGGAAGACUAUUUACGUUUAGGAGUGAAAGAAUAUGCGGGCAGUACCUUGGAGGAGGGCUGGUGUGGGGAAAUUGAAGAUGGUAUCGACUAUGAGUCAAGUGAUGAUGUCGAAACCGGCUCUAACCACCAUGCAGGUUUUCUUGAGGGUAGAGAACUCCUACUUGGGUUGACCAAAUCGUCGAAGUGGGCUGAAACGGGUUUACCUAGCAUGGGCCUCGCGGCAGUAGAAGCGGAUGUAGUGGCGAAUAUGAAGAGCCAUUGGCGGCCUCAAAGGCUGUGA